GUGAAAACUGUUUAGGCGGUUACAUCAUCUCAUGAGCGCAAUGUUUGACGGUGAGCGAAGCAUGUACGACGACGAUCGGCAUCAGCUGCAUAGUUCGAACAGCCGAGAAAACUUGAAACUGCCUCUUCUCUCUGGCCCCGUCGCCAGACAUCCCGCAACGACAGCCGUCGAUCCUCAGCUGUUGUCGCCUCUCGCACUGACGACACCGGAUCUGGAAAGCUUCAUCACAGCCAGCACUCUCGUUCUGUCGACGAGCUGCACCACACCCACUCCGACUCAUAUACUGAAACCGGGCAUCGCCACGUUGGAGCAGGAGGAAUACGCCAAGGGGUUCGUCGACGCUCUGCUUCGCAUACGGCAGCAGGAGAACGGUCCCGACGACCGCAACACGAACACGACGACGACGACGUUCAGUGCGCUAGCAAAUCGGCCGACAUCUCACGCAGCUGCGCUACCGACGACACAGACAGUGCGCGCGACGACGAACAACACGUCGCUUCCGACUGUUCACACAACGCGUCCAACCGCCGCGGCGUCUCAUUGUCGUAUGGCGCCUGUUGUCAACGCCACGGAUUCGGUGCCUUUCUCGAUGCCGAGCAGUGCGCCGUCCAACGUUGGCUCGUUGCGACUCUCACUUCCUAACUAUAAUCCACAGUUCAAUGACAAGGUGAUGUCCAAUACGAACCCGUUUGAACCAGUGACUGCACAAUACCCGCCUGUGGAUCAAAGACUGGCUCUACUUACAGAGCAACUUCAGAUUGUUCCUGGCACUCCCCCGCCUCCGAGCAAUCCGCUCGAUCCUGAUCUACAGGAGGAAUUGAAGCGAAGAAGGAAGAAGGAGCGCAAUCGGGUGGCGGCUUCGAAGUGCCGCAAGCGUCGUUUGGAAAAGGAGGCCGUUCUUGAGGAUCGAGUGAAGGCGAUGAAGCAAGAAAACGGUCAGCUGCAAGCCGAGGUGAAUAAACUGCGUCAAGUCGUCUUCAAGCUCAAGCAGUUGGUAUUAGCGCACGUUAAUGGCGGAUGUAAGGUGAUGAAGGAACAAGCUGGUCUCGACAACCGCUCAUGACGCAGUCAUUGCAUUUACUCCUGCUGGUUCAAGGGUGGUGCCUCUACAGCUACGCAAUACCGUACAACACAUCUGCCGGACCGGAAUAUUUUAUACGCAUCCUAACUCAGUACUAGGGAAGACAGAACAUACUGGUAGAUGAUAUUAUGAAAGCCACGUGGUAGUUUUGGCUAUACAGAUGGAACAAUUGAUGACAAACAGUAAAUCAUGAUUCAUUAGAAACACAUUGAGUAAA